AUGGCAGACGUCGCGGUAGCCGUUCUUCGCGUAGUGGCCGACAUCCGCAAUGUUGCGGAAAGGAUUCAACAGAAAGACGGGCAGGCGUGGCGGUUGUCCGACAGAGUAUCGGCCAUCGAGUCUCCUGUGCUCGCCGUCAAGGAGGGCUCCAAAGUUUCUUCUUCCGAGUCAUUGCACCAGCUAUUGUUGGCCGUAGAGGAAAUCCGAAACUUCUUGGAGGGGUACGCGCGAACGACAAACUUCAAUCGCGCGCUGAAGCGAAAAGCGAACGCCGACAACUUCGCGAAGCUAAGCGUCAUGCUCACCGAGGGGAUGCAGGCACUUCAGCUGGACAUUGCCGUGGACGCUUGGGCGAAAGAGGAUGCAUCGGACCGCCUGGAUGACCUCGAGAACAUGGUGGGCAUCAUGGAAAGAAUGGAGCGCAACCGCACGGACAACCACGAAGAAGUUAUGGGUGUGUUGAAGGCUCUCCGACAAGACGAGCGCACGGAGCUAACGGGUUGGGUCGAAAUCGACUACGACAAAGACCUGGAUUUGGACGGCAGCACCCUGCUGGGGUCGGGGGGGUUCGGCGAAGUGCGCACGGCCAAGUGGAACGGGGCGGACGUAGCAGUGAAGCACCUCCUCACGGGCGGCCUCCAGCGAGACUGUAUCCGCUCCCUGAGGAAGGAGAUUCGCCUUCACUCAAGUCUGCACUUUGAGUUCGUGGCCGCGCUAUACGCAGCUUCGACCAUUGCCCCCCACCUUUGCCUGGUCGUGGAGCUCGCCAGGGGGGGCUCUCUACAACACUACCUGUACUCAACAACCGCGCCGCUCGCACAUGCGCUGCAGACAGCGUUCCUGUACGAUAUUGCAAGGGGCAUGUCGUUCUUGCACACCAAGGGUAUCCUGCAUCGCGAUCUCAAAUCUGCGAACGUCCUCAUGUUCGCCAACAGUCGCCUGAAGCUCUGCGACUUCGGGUUGUCCAAGGUCAAGACCGACCUUUCAAGCAGGUCGAUGCACGGUGCUGUAGGGACCACCCAAUGGAUGUCUCCAGAAGAAAUGGACGAAAGCCCGGCGAACGAGCUUACAGAUGUGUACAGUUUUGGCGUCCUGUGCUUCGAAGUGGCCACCCGUACAGAGCCGUUCAAGGGGAAGAGGCCUGCACAGGUGAUCGGGGCGGUGCUCUAUAGGAACGAGCGGCCGAAACUUCCCCAUGGUGCGUCUGCUUCGCCCGAUGUCGUUCCUCUGAUGGAGCAAUGCUGGAAGGAAGACCCCAAGGAACGCCCCGAGGGGUUUGAGCCGGUGGUGGUGGCGCUGGCGAACGUGGUGUCACGAGUUGGAGACCCUCGCCAUCACGGAGCGGCGGCCACGCAUGGCUCCUCGUCCUCAGGUCCCAAUGUUAAUGGUGACGCGCCGAGCGUUGCCCCCAGCAUGGCGCGAUUAACGGUUGGCGGCGAGGUUGAAGCGUCAGGUUUGACUGACUUCGCGUCCCAACCGACCGGAGCUGAUUCUGGGACCUCUGCCGAUGAAAGAAAUGCGCUGCUGCCCGCUGUAUCCGGUAGCGGUAGAGGUUUUUCUGCUCUCGGGCGGAAAUUGUCGCGGCGUGCUGCGAAGGGCACCGGUGGCGAGCACAUGUUUGCACCGAGUGCGGACCUGCCAAUGGCGAGCGAGGACCCCCUGCCGUCUACAGGCAGCAACCGGCUCAAGAAGAAGCUUUCCAAGAUGUUCGGCCGAACGCUGAGCACGAGGGGCAAGCACGAAGAAGAAGAGCUGCUAAACGAGCGCCCCGACCAACUAGACCUAGAGGUCGCUAAGGAACUCCACGUCCGGGCGGAAGAUUUGAGAAACCAGGGGAAGUAUGACGAGGCCGCGCAGUUGUAUCUGCGCGCCACGGGAAUUUGGGAGAAUAUCCUGGGUCGGGACGACCCUCUAGUGGCCACCGCGCUCAAUAACCGGGCUGGGUUGUUGAGCAGUGAGUCGGGUGUGUAG